AUGAACGUUUCUGUCCCCCAAUGCAUAACGGGAUGCUGAACCGGAGGAACCCCGAGCUCCAUGAGGAGCCUCAGAUCCAGACGGCGAUGGCGGUGGGCGACCUGUACACGGUACGCCGCAUGCUGGAGCUCGGCUACUCGCCCACCGUCCGCGACACCAACGGCUGGACUCUGCUGCACUUCUCUGCCGCCAAGGGCAAGGAGCGAUGUGUCCGCAUCUUCCUGGAGCACGGAGCGGACCCGACGGUGAAGGACUUCAUCGGGGGCUUCACGGCGCUGCACUACGCGGCCAUGCACGGGCGCGCCCGCAUCGCCCGCCUGAUGCUGGAGUCGGACUUUCGCGGCGACAUCAUGGACGCUAAGAGCUACGACGGCUGGACCCCGCUGCACGUGGCGGCCCACUACGGGCGCGACUCCUUCGUGCGUCUGCUGCUGGAGUUCGGGGCGGCAGUGGACCCGCUGAGCGAAAAGGGCACCACGCCGCUGCAGCUGGCCAUUAUCCGCGAGCGCUCCAGCUGCGUGCGCAUCCUGCUGGACUGCGGCGCCAACAUCGACAUCCAGAAUGGCUUCCUGCUGCGCUACGCCGUCAGCAAGGGCAACCACCCGUACUGCCGCAUGUUCCUCCAGCGCGGCGCCGACACCAACCUGGGCCGGCUGGAGGACGGGCAGACGCCGCUGCAUCUGUCGGCGCUGCGCGACGACGUGCUGUGCGCGCAGAUGCUUUACGCUUACGGCGCCGACGCCAACACCCGCAACUACGAGGGGCAGACGCCCGCCGCCGUCUCCGUCAGCAUGUCGCGACACAGCAGACCCUGUCUGGACUUCCUACAGGACGUCACCAGACACCCCCGGAGCCUUCAGGACGUGUGUCGCAUCAAGAUCCGCCAGUGCAUCGGCCUGCAGCGGCUGCGGCUGCUGGAGGAGCUUCCCAUCGCCAAGGUCAUGAAGGACUAUCUGAAGCACAAGUUUUAA